AUGACUGGUGUGGUGGACACUACAAGAAGAACGGUCUACAUUGAGGAACUACCAAGACCUAACAGAGAAAUGGUGGCAGAAGAGGUCGCUCCUAUUAUGGAUGUAGAGUCGAGCUGGAUGGACCUGUUUGUUGAUUAUCUGUGCUACGGGAUCUUACCUAUAGAGCGCAAUGUAGCUCAGAGGGUAAAGUGCUACGGUGUUGUUUCAUUGGCCGAAACCAACCACCAUCUCUUGCCGCCUGUUAUAGCUGUGAAAUCGUCUGAAUACUCUGAAUCUGGAUCGAUUCGGGAGGAGAGAAAGAUUCUUACCCAACUCCAAGACUGCCGACAAGUUAUUCACUGCUAUGGCGAGGAUGUCACCGUUGAGGACGGUUUCACCAUCUACAAUCUGUUGCUUGAGUACGCUUCUGGAGGCAGUUUAUAUGACCGGAUAGUGUGUUCUGGUGGGGGGUUGCCGGAAUCGGAAGUCAGGCGCUACACGCGCUCAAUCCUCACAGGGCUCAGUCAUAUUCACAAGUGUGGAUUUGUUCAUUGCGAUAUCAAGCCAGAGAACCUUCUGCUCGUGCCCAGCUCGUCUUCUAAGGGGAGGAGUUCUGUCAAGAUUGCCGAUUUCGGGCUCUCUAAGAGGGUUGGAGAAGAUAUGCUCUGCAGGAAGGAUGGGAUGAUGUUGAGGACCACGCCUCUGUAUGCAGCACCUGAAUCGAUUAGCUUCUGUGUGUAUGAGCCUUGCUCUGAUAUAUGGGCUCUUGGCUGCACUGUCAUAAAUAUGAUAACCGGUAAGACUGCCUGGGAUUUUCCUCCCGAUACUGAUGUGGAUAUAUUCUUGAAUGAGAUUGGUUUCAAACCCGUUGUGCCUAAGAUACCAGAGGAGUUGUCCAUUGAAGGUAAGGAUUUCCUCAGCUUGUGUUUAACUAGAAAUGAGUCUCUACGAUGGACUGCAGAUAUGCUACUAUUACAUCCAUUUGUAGCAGUUGAUGAUGAAGAUGAUGAAGUGGAAACAGAGAAAUUUGAGUUUGUUAAAUCUCCAAGACAGGUGUUUGACUUCCCUCUGUGCCGAACCACCUGGUAUCACUAUUCACUCAAAACCCUCAGGUUUUGAGUGUAACUGGUAUUCUGGAUUUGCAGCAGAGAAUCAAUUCAUUGAGCAUUGUCUUAUCAGUAUCAGCACAAAUACUCCUCAUGAACCACCAGGUUUUGAGCGUAACAGGACUCUCAGAAGAAAUAAGGUGGCCUCUCAGUCAAUUAUGUUGCCUGCUCUAAGUAAAGAUGCCAUUCCUGAAAAACCACCAGGUUUUGAGUAUAACAGGUGUCCCAGAAGAUAUGCAGCUUUGUCUCGGUUGAUCGAGUUCCCUACUAUUGCUCUGAUUU